CAACAGUGUGCCAAGAAAGGGAGGAUCCUAACCUCUUUUACAGCUGCUCUAUGAAAGGUUUAAUAUUGAAACACUCAGGUUUACUUUCAGACCAGCUUCACAGGAUUCAAGGAGAAAACAACAGUUCAAAUGGGAAUUGCUGUUUUCUCCUUGUUUACCUUGUGAAUGGGAGUUGUUGAGAGCCAUGUCUGUGUCACUCAACACUGUGCUCUUCCUGUUCAUUUGUGAACUGCUCUCUGCCUCCGCUGGUCCUCAGCUUCACCAGGUAACAGCACAGCCUGGACAGACUGUCACUCUGUCAUGUGAAGCUCCAAACAGUGUGAUCAUAGCAGCUGUCGAGUGGACCAGACCCGACCUCCAGAAGUACGUCUACUUCCAGCGUGGCAGACGCCCCCUGACACAAGACCAGGAUCCAUCUUAUGUCGACCGGGUGAAGCUGAUCGGUCGGAUGGAGGAUGGUGACCUGUCUCUGAUUCUGAAGAACGUGACCAGCAACGACAAAGGAACAUAUGAGUGUCGCUAUAAACAGAUUGAAAGAGGACGCUGGAGGAGAGCUGCUGCUAUUAACGAUAAACCCGCCAGCGUCUUUGAGCUGCAUGUUGAAGGUCCAACAGAAGGAAGCUCAAAGUCUGGAGAUUCUGGAGUACUUCUGCCAGUUACACUGAUUGUCCUCACUGCUCUUAUUAGUCUUGUUGGUCUCGCUGGUUUUGUGGGUUUUGUGAUCUACAAGAAGCUUAAAGCACGUUCAGAGAAUAAUUCAGACCUGCCUGUUGAUGAUCCAGAUGUUCUUCAGCAGCUGCAAGAGAAUGAAACGGGUCAGAAACACAUCACUCUUAACACAGCUGACAUUCAGGUAUAAAAACCAGAAAUAGAAACUGAAUACAGUCAUUCAAAAGUCUAUUUUUAAAGUUAUUUAAGGGUUCGGUUCAGGGCCAUAGGUAAGGGUUUGACAUCUUUCUGCUGGGUCCCUCCUCGGAUUGCCACCUUAUCGCGGUGGAGGGUUUGUGUGCUCAGAGGAUUGUGGGAGUUUUACUGUCUGGAGCUUUCAGCUCCUGGUAGGGUUUCCCACGGCAGAUUGGUCCCAUGUGAUGAGCGAGACUGAGAGCAAUCCAUAAGAAGUCAAGCUCUUACCAAUGAGCUCUGAACCAAACCCUCAGCUGAUUGGUCAGAUUCUUCAGAGUCUUGUUUAAAACAUUAAAAAAAACAGAAAACAGCUCUAUUGUCCACCAAUGUGCUGAUGAACUGUCCGUGUGACAAUGACGGAGCUUUGUUCAUCCCAAAGAGAAAAAUCAUUAAGACAAAAUGUAAAAGAAACAAAACUUUAAAAAAGACAAGAGAGACAAGAAAUGCAGCUCAAAGUGUUUUAUAGCAGAAGAAAUGACAUCCACCAAGUCCUUCACAUUAAAAGUAGCAUUAGAAAGAACAUUAACGUAAUAAAACAUGGAAAAUAAAAAUAGUAAGAAUAAUAAAAUAAUAAAAAACGUAAAUAUGAAAAGUGCAGUGUGAUGUUUUAUAAGUAAUGAUAAAAAGGUAUUGAAUUAAAAAAAAAUGAAACAGCAAAACUUCAUAUUGUUCACAAGGAAUUUCAAUGCUCAACUGUUUGAAUGUAUUAUGACUGAUGUAAAUAUCUAUUUUAUAUAGAUAAUAAAUAAUAAUAUUCUCUUAAAA